AUGGCUCUUGUUCGCGACCCUUGGUUCUGGCGCCGAUUCUCACGCGCUGUACACUUGGACGAGGAGGUCAGGACUCCAACCGAGGAGAAGGAAACCGCAAUUUUAGAUAACUGGCUGGACAAGGAGCGCCGGAAGCGACGGAAGAGUGCGCUAUGCGGGUGCCUGAUUUGUGUUGCCAUUGCGGUU